UUGGCGGCUCAGUUUGUUGGUGUAGCGGCAUCAGACUUAUUAAUAAUUUUGCUAAAUAUAAAAGUCGGUUUCCGCUAUCAGAAUCGUUGUGUCGGCUUGUAUGACGCGGCUACAGCUAACUAGCUUGCAUUAAAAAGAAAAAGAGUGUUAUAAACAUCGAAUAAUGUCUGUUUCGUGCAGCUGUGGUCAACGUGUGAUGAAGCUCAAUCAGCAAAUAUCAGUGAUGAGAAAAGAAAUAAAAAAUCUCAGGCAAAUGAUCGAAAGUGCUGGGCGCAAUCACAAGAAGCACUUGACCUCCCUUCAGUCUGUCUUGAAUAAUGUUCAACAGGAGGGGGCACUCGGGAGACCUCAACAUAAAGAGAAAGUGAGGGAAGACCUUUCCUUAGAGCAAGGAAGUAUUCAGACUGUUCCCAUUGGGUACAUCAGCUGUUGCUUUUCCGCAAAAAACGGCACCCCACGGCAGCCCACCAUCUGCGACUCCUCUCGUGCCACCCUGAAAAUAAACAAGACUGUUUUCAGCAACCCACAGCAUGCGCUCACAGGGCUGGAGCAGUACUCGCAUGUCUGGAUUAUAUUUCUCUUCCAUAAGAAUGGCCACCUGGGCUACAAGGCCAAGGUGAAGCCUCCGAGACUGAACGGCCAGAGGAUUGGGGUGUUCUCCACUCGCAGUCCCCAUCGCCCCAACGCCCUGGGCCUGACUUUGGCUACACUGGACAGUGUCUCAGGUGAUACACUUCAUCUGUCAGGCAUUGACAUGAUUGCUGGAACGCCUGUUCUUGAUGUAAAACCAUACAUUCCGGACUAUGACUCUCCACGUACCAGGACAGAUUUUGAUUUAGAGGAAAAUGAUGGCGUCACUAUGUGUUCAGAUGGGGUGGACAUGCAGACUGAUGCAAGAAAUUCUCUCAUCACUUCAGAUAGUGAGGAAGUGACUCCAGAAGAGGAAGAGGAGCAGGUUUUUAGCCCAGAUGCUAGGGCAUCCAUUUUAAAGGAGAUAUCUGAUGGCCACCCUCAGAUGAAUGACAUGACUGCUGUCCUGAGGGAGGUUAAGAACUAUAUCAAUCAGAGAGAAAGUGCAGAAGAAAAGUCUUCUCUCCGAGACCACUCAAGGGUUCAAACUCAUGGAAGUCAAAGAUGUGAGCCCUAUGCAGAAAUGUAUUACAACAAAGCGUCUGUCAGUAAGAUUGCCGCCUGGAUCAGGGAUCCUCCAGUAUCUGCACUAGCUGUCCGCUUUACCCAACAUGCUGAGCGGGACCUGAAAGAGUUUCAGCCCCCCGGUAAACAAGUGUCAGGAAGGCCCAGUUUCCAGUUCCUGCAGGGCCCAGAGGAGGCAGCGGCUGCCAUCAGAGCAGUGCUGCGUGCUGAUCCGCGCUCCGUGUAUCGCCGCACUCGCUGCCUGGACAAGCUGUUCCACUUCACCAUUGACACAGCUCAUAUCACCUGCUGGUUUGGAGAGGACUUUGCUGAAGUGCUCAGGGUUCGGUCAGCUGCGUGCACCCAGGCCUUUGAAAUGACAGCAGGUGCUGCUGAUUAAGGAAAACUGCACAUCUGCUGCUCUGCAGCACAGCCUGGAGGUCAUACUGAAUGGCGAGGAAGAUUGUGGAGCGGGAGCAAAUGUCAAUGCCAGAGAUGGUGAGAGCAGG